CAGCAGCAGCAGCAGCUUGCGGCCUUGCGCGGCUGGUUGAGCGCUGAUGGAGAUGGAGACCGUGGCGUGGGCGGCGAGGAGGUCGAUGCAGGAGGCCGCGGCGUCGUACGCGCGGUCCACGGCGAGGUCGGUCGAGACCAUCGUGGUGAUCGUGGCGGCCAUCGUGCUCGCCGCGGCGCUCGCGGGCGUUCUCGCGCGGGCGUGCGGCGGGAGGCACGUGGCGGACCGCGACGUCGAGGGGUGGGUGGAGCGCCGCUGCCGGAGCUGCCUCGACAGCGGCCUGCCGCCGCCAGCAACAUCAUCAUCCAAGGCCAGUGACGCCAAAUAGUUCUUCUGUAUUCUUCCCCCUUGUAGUUGUGGGCUAGCAGUAGCAAUGUACGAGUAGCAUAAUUUCCAGCAUAGUCAUACCACAUUAGAAUGAUCAGGCACUAGUACUGCCGUCAUGUACAACUAGAAUGUAACCAAGCAGCUGAAUGCCAAGCUGUGUUCUUUGCUCCACAAGGGUAUCAGAUUAGGGCCUCAUGAGCUGAUUCCUUGCUGUAAUAUUCUGUGCUCAUAGUUCCAAUAUGCAUAUUUUAGCACUGGUAGUUACUCCUUG